AGAGAAGAAGAAAAAGAGGAGGAAGGAGAAGAAGGAAGAAAGGUUAACAUUAGAGACAGUUUUAAAGUGACUGUGGUUGUAUGUAGAACCUGUGGAGAGCCAAGAUGCCCCUGGAGGUCCGAUGGCCGUUCCCACCAUGCCCUGCGCUGGCGUGGCGGGUCUCCAGCUCCUUCAUCAUGGGCAUGGUCGGAACGUAUUCCUUCAUCUGGACCAAGUACAUGAACUACCUGACCGUCCACAACCAGGAGGUUCUGCUGGACCUGAUUGACCACCGGCCGUCGGACACGCCCCUCAUCACUUUGUCCAAUCACCAAUCCUGCAUGGACGACCCGCACAUCUGGGGUGUGCUGAAGCUGCGGCAGCUGUGGAGCUACAGGAAGAUGCGAUGGACGCCGACAGCGUCUGACAUCUGCUUCACCAGCGAGCUGCACUCCCGGUUCUUCAGCCGAGGAAAGUGCGUCCCUGUCUGCAGAGGGGACGGUGUUUACCAGAGGGGCAUGGACUUUGCCCUGGAGAAACUCAACAAAGGAGAAUGGGUCCACAUUUUCCCCGAAGGGAAAAUCAACAUGACGGAAGAAUUUAUCCGCCUGAAAUGGGGUGUAGGUCGGCUGAUAGCAGAGUGCUCCUUGAAUCCCAUCAUCCUGCCGCUGUGGCAUGUAGGUUUGACCGACGUCCUGCCGAACGAGUCGCCCUACAUUCCUCGGAUCGGGAAAAGGAUCACGGUCCUGGUGGGAAAACCUUUCAGCGUCAAAGAGCUGGUUGAUUCCCUCCGGGCUGAAAACAAGAACCAGGUGAAAACGACAAAAUAUGGAAAUGAGAAGACGUUGACCGAUUUCAUCCAGAAGGAGUUCAGGAACCUGAAAGCUCAGGCUGAAGGUCUUCACAGACAGAUAGAAACCAGAUCCUGAGGCUCGAUUUCCCUCCAAACGGCGAGCAGGACAGAUUGACGGAGCAGCGGAUGUAGAGUUAGCCUGGCCAGAUGCUAAAACACGGUUUGGACUCUGGUUUGGGUCACUAACCUUCCUUCUGCUCCGGACGACAUGCUGGAUUUUCAGUUAAAUUAUGAAGAAAUCGUCGGCGAUCGUUUUCUGUACCUUUGAGGAAGCAGAAUCUCCAGCUGUGAAAUAAAAAAGCAUGUUUUAAAGUGAAUUAGCAAACAGCUGCAGGUUGAUAGCUGAUCGUUUUGAAUGUAUGUCGACCCAGAAAUAGUUUCUGCUGUGGAUUUUGAAUCAUUUCUGCUCCUGAUUUUGUUCAAAUCCAACCUGUGCCUCUGUUCACCUCACUUGAUUUUACAUUUCUGUUAUUCCUCAUUUUUAAUUCUCAUAUUUAAUUUAAAAUCAUUUCUGCUUUGAUUUAGCUACGUCAGACUAGCAGUUACAAAGGCGUUAAUUUAAAACACAUUUCCGAUCUUUCUUCAUCGUUUGCUUCGUGUUUUGAUGUUGAUUGUGAUGAUGCAAUUUGACGUAAAGCUGCUCUUUAAGUGACCAGGAAGUGUUGUGCAGUCAAAGCGCCAAUGGGUUUACAAACUGAUGUCCGUCCUGAUUCGUUAGCGUGCCAAAGCAUCAGCAGCUAAAUGCCUAGUCCUGUUUAUAUCUUUCCAUUUCCAACAAGUUUUCUUUUUCUAACUGUUUAGCAUCUAAAUCUAGCAGUUUUUACACGUCUCAACUCACGUUACAUCAUCUGUUUUUAAGAUUUUAUCACAGCAGCUUCCAUUUAGAUUUUGACCCCAUUGAAAUGUUUUUUCCUCCAACUACUUGCAUGUUGAUUUAAUCCUCACAUGUACAAUUUAUACAUGAAAAUAUUGAGAUUUUUCACUUCUUUCAUUCUGUUUUAUGCCAAAUAAUACGUCACACUGCAAACCCGUAAUUUUACUCCUCUUUUAUGUUCAACCCUUAAUUUUUCCAUCAAAGCUACAAACUGACGUCUUUAGCCUUUUAUCAGGUGACUUUACACGCUGGUUUACCUCAACGUUGUGCCACAGGUCGGUCGGGAAUUGUCUGGUUGAUUCCUGGUCUCUGUCUGAGGUC